UAAAUAAUUAGAAUUAUAUAGUUAAGUGGACUUCCCCUUUUUGUGCCAUUGCGGUGCCUUUAUCAGUGAUUAUUUUAAGAUGAAUCCCAUGACCAACAUGAAAAAUGUGCUCAAGCUGAGCGAGCAGGACCUAAAGUACGGAGGUAAAAACUCCUGGCACGAGCAGUACAAGGACAGUGCAUGGAUAUUCGUCGGUGGCCUACCGUCCGAGCUGACCGAAGGUGACCUGUUGGCGGUAUUUUCCCAGUACGGGGAAAUUGUCAACAUCAAUCUGGUGCGGGACCGGAAAACGGGCAAAUCGAAAGGAUUCAGUUUCAUCUGCUUUGAGGACCAGCGGUCCACAGUGCUGACGGUAGACAACAUGAACGGUAUCAAACUGCUGGGGAGAACGUUGCGGGUGGAUCACGUGUCGGACUACAAACCACCCAAGGAUGACAAAGCGGAUGAAGAAACGAAACGGCUGUACAUGGAAGGGUGUGCUCCGAAAUACAGCUAGGUAAAUGAGUAAUAAAUUAU